UUGUUUUAGAUCAACCGUGAUCCAGUGGAGCAGUCCUCAAAUUACCGUGAAUUUCAUCGGACUUCGAGUACCACGGGAAAUCAGAAUUUAUCGUUUCCGAUGUCAUUCUUGUGGUCGUCGGUGCUUUCCGGGGGUUUGGGAGUGCUGAUCGGAUGGUUUUUUGCACGAAGAUUUUCAAGCACUGCAAUGAAAGUUGCAAACAUAAAACCAGUGAAAGGUCGGAUGAAGAUGGUUCUUGUUGUCCGUAAGGAUCUAAAUAUGGGUACAGGAAAGAUAGCUGCCCAGUGCUCUCAUGCGACACUCAGUUGCUACGAGUAUGCGAGAGAAGUGAAUCCUGGUGUUCUGGAAACCUGGACGCGACAGGGACAACCGAAAAUAGUAGUCAAGGUGGAUUCUGCGGAAGAUUUACAUUUGCUGGCAGCUAAGGCCGAUUCACUUGGCCUUAUAAAUUCCAUAAUACAAGAUGCUGGCCAUACUCAAGUGGCCUCCGGUACGGAAACUGUGCUAGGAAUCGGUCCAGGUCCUGCAUCCGAAAUAGACCGAGUUUCUGGAGAUUUGAAGUUAUUA